AUGGCUGAUUCGCUUCACAAAGGCUUCCGUUCGAUGACCAUCGAAGAUGAUGAUCCAAUAAAGUUACCAGAUGAGUCAAAAUACAGAGUUUUCGAUGCAAACCGGAAUAGUCUGAUGGAGAGGCUGCUAAACUCUGAUUGCCAAGUCAUGGGUACAAUGAUCAACUACAUGCCAACAGCAUGGAGAGUGUAUAAUAGAGUAAGAGGAAUUGCUCUAUCAAGGGAUACAUUCCAGUUCAUCUUCCAACUAGAGGAGGAUCUACUAACAGACUUGAAGGAACGACCAUGGUCCUACAACCACUGGACUAUGCUUUUAGAAAGAUGGACGCCAUCGCUCCACCGGAUUUCCUCGAAGAAGAUUGGAAAGGUAGAAGAGAUUGCCUAUGAUCCGAAUGUCUCUCAAACAACGGAUUACGUAUGGGCAAAGGUUACUCUUAACAUUGACAACCCGGCAAUAGCAGUAAAGAACCUUGAAAUACCUGGUGAAACGAUUGUGAUAGCUUAUGAGUACGAAAAGCUCCACAAGCACUGCUAUCACUGUCUACAUCUCACCCAUGAAAAGACGGCUUGCCCAUGGAAUAAAGGGAAAAGACCAGACAAACGUGUUCAAGUAGCACCAAAGGAGAGACAUGGCGAUACAGAGGAAGAGAGGGUGAAAUAA